GGGUGUGGAGCGCGGGGGUCGGGUUCGGCAUGAAUGGAGCACCCUCCGGAGGCGUGCGUAAACGCUUCCCGCGCACUGCAUGUCGGUAGUAAUUUCUAUGGUUCCAUGACAGAGCCGCCAUGAUGGCUUUCCGCAAUACACGCUCAACAUGGAAAGUUUCAAAGUUGUUUUACUGUAUUUGUGACUGAGUGCGUGUAAACAGGAACGAUGGGAACGUACUAAGGGGCGCGGAGCGGCGUUCAGUGUCCGUCUCGGGCGGCCCGAGGCUCGGGAAGGCCCCUUUCGGCCGCAUUUUAUGCUGGCGCUGUCGUGUGUUUUGUGCUGUCAACAAAUAUGUCCAAGCUCUCGUUCAGGGCGCGGGCCCUCGACGCCAGCAAGCCCAUGCCCAUCUACAUGGCGGAGGAGCUCCCGGACCUCCCGGACUACUCGGCGAUCAACCGAGCGGUCCCCCAGAUGCCCUCGGGCAUGGAGAAGGAGGAGGAAUGCGAGCACCAUCUGCAAAGGGCGAUUUGUGCGGGACUCAUCAUCCCCACACCGGAAGUUGCGGACAUGCCAGACAAGGAGUUCUACGACAAGGUUUACCCCGCCAACUACAAGCAGCCCCGGCAGCUCAUCCACAUGCAACCUUUCACGAUGGAACAAGACAUCCCCGACUACGACAUGGACUCCGAAGACGAACGCUGGUUGCAGUCGCAGGCGCAGAGGCUGGACCUGACUCCUCUCAAGUUCGAGGAGAUGAUGGACCGGCUGGAGAAGAGCAGCGGUCAGACCGUCGUGAACCUGAACGAGGCCAAAGCCCUGCUGAAGGAGGAUGACGAUCUCAUAAUCGCAGUAUUCGAUUACUGGCUGAACAAACGGCUGAAAACCCAGCACCCUCUGAUCCUCACCGUCAAGACGGAGCAGAGGGCGGGCGCCGCCCCCAACAACCCGUACCUGGCGUUCAGGCGGCGCACCGAGAAGAUGCAAACUCGAAAGAACCGCAAGAACGACGAAACGUCCUACGAGAAAAUGCUGAAACUCAGGAGGGAUCUGCACAGGGCCGUCACGCUGCUGGAGCUGGUGAAGAAGCGGGAGAAGAUGAAGAGAGAGCUGGUCCACCUCACGGUGGAGGUGUUCGAGAAGAGGUACCACGCGCGGGACUUCAGCGGCGCCAUCUACGCGGAGGCGGCAGCCAUCAAGACGACGAGGCCGGCCUUCACGCCCAUCUUCCACAACCACUACCCGAACCAGAGCUGGUCGAAUAAGGCGAUUCUCAAAGACGAGGUUAUACCGAGGAAAGAGAAAAGACAGUACAAGAAGAGGAAGCACAAAUCGCUGGGGCAUACUCGGAGCGGCGGGAUCGGGGCGAGCGGACUGGACGGCCUGGGGGCUCUGUCGUCGGACGAGGAACCCAUGCCGCAGCUGUCGCCCGAGCCCGAGGAGGUCGAGGAUGAGGGACAGUUCGCUUUUCGCAGGAACAAACUGUGUUCUUAUCACAUGCCUUUGUCGAAAGUAGGCAACUGGCCGUGGUGUUCGAAAGAAGAGAACGGUCUGGCGGACAAGCGCUUCCGCUUCACCCUGACCUCCCUGUCGAAUCCAAGACGUUGCAUCGGCUUCGCCAGGAGGCGGAUGGGUCGAGGAGGGAGGGUCAUUCUGGACCGCAUCAGCACCGACAAUGACGACUUCUGGCGAACGCUGGAUUUCUCGAUAGUCGAACCCAAAACAAAACCAAACGAUACGAAUUUGUUGCCGGACGGUGUAGUUAAAAUGGACGCUAGUUUUGUUAAUAACACGAACGUAAACAAUAAUUUGCGAACUGAUAUUAAAAGUGAGUUUAGUGACGUCAGUAACAGUGCUUCGCGGACAAAUGUGAGUGACGUCGGUGGUGAGAGUGAGAGUGCGAGUCACGGAUGUGCGGAGAUCAAGGAGAGGGACGAGGACGGUGCCGGUCGUCCGGAGACCUUCGUCCACAGCAAGAGCGAAGAGGACGAGAUGGUCGAGAUCCUGCGGUCCGUACGAAGGGAUUGGUUGCACUUCCGGCCAAAGACGCCGCCCCCAGACCAAGAACCGCCGUGCGGCCUCCUGCCAGCCAGCGAGAGCUAUUUCGUCCCCGGUGCCAACACGCCGUUCUCGAUCGAGGUCCAGACGAUGGAAACGCCAAGCACACUCCUCGACACUUCCGCUUUCUUAACCGAUCCAUUCACGUUUGACAAUUUGGACAGUAUAGAAGACGUACCAGUAACCGACACACGGCAAUCCAGUGAUAAAAUCGUGCAAACGGGCAUUAACUUGAACGUUAAUGUCGGUCUCAAUACGCUUACUCCUAGUGUUAACGAUAAUAGUAGUAGUGUUUUUUCAAAUAGUAACGCGAACCUCACUGAUAGUAUCAAGUUUGAGGAGUCAACGUCGUCGUCAUCGGACGAAAACGAUGAAAGGACUAUCGGAUGUUCGAGGUUUCACGUCUCGGAUUUGGGCGGCGCGAGCAGGGCCGCCGCCGCCGCCGCCGCGGCCGCGUCCAAAACGAAGGCGCCUUCGAGUACCUUGACUAGUCCUAAGUUUAACAGUGUCAACGCCGUGUCCGACGGGAGGACGAGGAGCAGCACGACGGAAGGGAGCCUAGGGAACACCAACGGCUUGCUGUCGCAGUUCGGGCUUGAUGGUAGAACAACAAAAAACAAUAAGAUAUCUUACGCUUACUCUGGCGGAGUUUACCAACCUGUACCACCCAUCAAUGCUUCCUCGGGCACGUUGAGUCUUCACACUUCUGCACACACUCUUACGCUUAAUAGUCAUAGUGCCAACAUUUUAGAAAUACCGAUAACGGACGACGCGGAACCAGUCUCGAACAAGUUGGUGAAUUCUCAGUGUACGGAAGCGGGCACGGCAGCAAGCAACAACAAAACGAAAACAAUCGUCCGGAAGAACAAUCUAGUAAUGGAAGUGACGUGAUGCUCAUCUUCGGACCUGCGUUUUAAAAAGGCGCAGGAUGGCUUUUUACUAUCAACAAGGUGUUUCAUUUUCUGCUGGUUACACGUUUACAAGAUUUGAAAUGCCUGUCAGAAUUUUACGUUUACAUCAUUCGCAGAUUGUCUAAGUAUUAAGAAGAAAGCAAAGCCGCAAGAUUACCGUAUGACGAAAUUAGAGCAUGAUUUAAGAAUUAUUUUAGAGAGGAAGAGGAAGGAACUGCCUGUUGUGGGAUAUAAUGGUGUUAUUUUUCCUCGCUCGAUUUUAUUCGGUCCUUUAUUUACGUAGUAGGUUGGAUUUUAUUGGCUUUCAGAUUUUUAGAUGUGCGUUAUAAGUAUGUUUCUAAAUCUUAGGCGGCGGUCGCGCUGGAGUAACAUCGUUAUAUUUCAUGAUCUGUAACUACUAUUCAUCCGUUGUGCUGUUUGUAUACAUUUCAUGUGAAUGUAUUCAUUUCAAUGUAUGCCACGUCUCCAGAACUGUUAAUAACAUUUUAAUUUUUUAAGGCAAACAUAUUCUAACUAUAUAGUAUUAUUGUGUUCAUUAAGUGAUCAUAAAUUACUCAGUUUUAGUUGAAAUAAAUUUGUAGAAAAAGCAGGCAUUUUCGCAAAAUCUUACCAAUAAACUAGACUUCUAUUUUAAGGAGUUGUUAAUUUAUUUUCUAUUGUAAUUAUAACCCUAGUGUUAAUAAUUCAUGAGGCUGUUGAACUAUUAUUAGUAACUUAUUACAUUUUGUAAAUGAAAUUUUGUGAAAUGUACUUACACCAUUAGACCAUUGUAUUUUAAUUCGAUUAAAUUUAUUUUUUUUAAGCCUUUAUUUGGACUUUGUGUUCGUAAUAUGUGCUAAAGGAAGGUUUAAACAUAACAAAUGUAAGAAGUUAGCCAGAGUCUCGUGAAACUUCUAUCUGUAUAAAAUGUUGGCACGUCAUAAGUUAUAAUAGUUAACAAUUUGUCAAAAGUGGUGUUACGUCUUUCAAUAUAAGCUUCUCUGUGUCUAUUUAACUAUUACCAUCCUACAUUGGCAGAUCGUUAACGGCAUAAAACGUCUCAAAAUUUCGUUUGAAAGUUUUUCGUUUCUUGUAUGUUUUAUAAACAAAACUAACAAAAAAAAGGCUGUUAGAAAAAUUUGGUAUAAAUACGCUCUCUUAAUUUCAUAUAAGUAAACUCGAUGAAUUUUUACUGUUUUGAAUAACACUUUUGCUCGUUUAUUACAAAAAAAAAACCCUAUUGUAAAUAAUGCCGUUUGUUUGUAUAUAAUUAUAUCAAGACUAGCAGUAUUUUUUGUACAAAAAGUUUGUCAAUUAUGUUUUUAGAUUUAAGUGACGAUACUUUAGGGCAAAGGUAUUAUUUAAAACUAGUUUAAAUUUAAUUAGAAUCAAUGGUGCAAGCUAUUAGAUAAUAAGUCACAUUCCUACUUCUGUAUGUCAUUGUUGAAUUAACGGUUUAAAUGCAUAAUGUGAUUGUCGAUUUUUAUUAUAUUAAAAUUUAGUAAUUUUGAUAUUUAGACUGUUAAUUCAUUAAUUUAUUAUAAACGAAAAAUAAGCAACACGACAUCUAACAAUGUAGAACCGUCUAUGUUGUUUUAUGUUACAAAAAAAUCCAAAAAAAUAUAAAUGCUUCAACAUUGAUUGUGGCACUUAUUGCAACUAAAAUUUAAGCAUUCGCAUUAAGCCGUUCCAUUUACAGUAAUGUGAAUGUUCGAAUUGUUAGUGUGGAUAAGCUGUAGAAUGUGGUAUUUAAUUUAUAUAUAAAGAAGAAAAAUUAAUAACGCGAUUACUAUAUACGGGUCUAUUAAUGAACGUUCUGGGUUUUUGAUUAGGUCCUCUGAAUGUGAAUAUUUGUAAAUAUGUGAUUAGUUUAUGUGUAUGAAUGAUCAAUAAAAUCUGUCAUGCAGGUUUUAGAUUCUAAA